UAAUAAUACAUUUAUGCUUGCUGAUAACUUGUGGAUAUAGUAAACAUGCAAAUAAAAUAUCAGGUGGUAUACGAACGUCUAUGAACGCUUAUCCAUUUUUAGUAACAAUUAGAUUAAGAAGUGAAUAUUUAUGCAGUGGCAGUAUUAUAAAUCCAUUACACAUUGUCUCAACAGCCAGUUGUGUGACAUCUAAUAAAAAUAUCAUUUAUGGAAAUCUUCAAAUUUUAUCUGCAACGGACAAACAAAAUUAUCAACAAGACCAUGGAAAUAUAAAUGAUGUUUCUAUUGUUGUUAUUCAUCCAGACUAUUCACCUAAUAAUUUUUGGGCAAAUGAUAUUGGCAUUUUAAAGUUAACAAAAUCAUUGCCAUCCAAUCAAGUUGAUGGAUAUAUAACAUUACCAGUAUCAUCAACCGUUUAUAAUACAUUUUCACAUUUAGUUUUAAUUGGAUGGGAAAAAUUUGAUGAAAGUGAUUCAUUACAACUUUCAAAACUUGAUGUUCAAUUAAUGUUAUUAAAACCAUGCAGAAAAUACUUUGAACAAUAUGGAAAUCUUAAUAAUGCUCAACGUUGUAUAACAUCUCCAUUAAAAACACAUCGCAAUAUCGAUUAUGGAGAUAGUGGCAGUCCCGUUGUGACUAGUCAGCAACAAAACAUUCUUGGAAUGGUGUCUUUGAUUUCACCAAAUCCUGAUCAUCCUGUUAUAAUUACUCAAAUUUUAAGACAUUACACUGGCUGGAUUAUAAAUAUGCUUGAAAAAUAUUAAUUACAAGU